UGAAAAUGUUGUCAUGUAAACAACGAUAACAUUUAACUACGUUAGCUCAAAAUCUAGAAUUGAAGUACCUGGUAAUGGCUUUAUACUCAUACAAAUGAUUCAUCUUUCAAUUUUUCAUCAUUCAAGGUAACCCUCUCCAAACCCUCCUUUUCCCCCUUUUUGUUUCUUAUUUUCAAUAUAAAGUUUGUAUUUUUUUUUUGAUAUGGACAAGAGUAUUUAUACAUUCUUAACUAUACACCGUUGGGAGUCCCUUAAUCGCAUGAAUUAUAGGUUAGCUUCUCUUAGACCUGUUCAUGGAAUCCUAGCUUUUAAAUUCCUCAAUUGGCUCAUCAAACAACCUAAUUUGGACAUCAAUCAUUUUACUCAUAUCAUUUCCACUACUACCCAUAUACUUGUUAGAGCUAGAAUGUACACUUUUGCCAAAACAACUUUGAAACAUAUGUUACACAUGCCUAUUGGUUUCAACAAUGUUUUUGCUGCUUUGAUAGAGACAUACCCUUUUUGUCAUUCAAAUCCUGCUGUUUUUGACCUACUCAUUAGGGUUUGUUUAAGGGAGAACAUGGUUGGAGAUGCUGUAAAGACUUUUCAUUUGAUGGGUUUUCGAGGGUUCAACCCUUCUGUGUACACUUGUAACAUGGUGCUAGCUUCAUUGGUAAAGGACCAGAAAGUUGAUUUCUUUUGGUCCUUUUUCAAAGAUAUGCUUGCCAACGGGGUUUCUCCUAAUGUUGCCACAUUCAACAUAUUGUUGAAUGCUUUGUGUGGACGUAGCAAGUUUAAAAGCGCUGCAUUUCUCUUGAGGAAAAUGGAAGAAACCGGUCAUUUUCCAACUGUGGUCACUUACAAUACUUUGCUUAAUUGGUAUUGCAAGAAAGGAAGGUAUAAGGAAGCUUCUGAGCUUAUUGACUCCAUGGUAUCUAAGGGUAUUUCGGCCGAUGUUUGUACAUAUAAUAUGUUGAUAGAUAGUUUGUGCAGAAAAGGUAGGAGUGCAAAAGGUUAUUUAAUAUUGAAACGGAUGAGGAAGAGUAUGGUGUAUCCUAAUGUGAUCACAUAUAAUACUCUUAUUAAUGGAUUUGUUAAGGAGGGGAAGAUUGGAGUUGCUACAAAAGUUUUUGAGGAGAUGUCGUCAUGUAACUUGUCACCAAACAAUAUUACGUACAAUACUUUGAUUUUCGGUCACUCUAGCAAUGGCAACAUUGCGGAAGCCUUGAGACUUUUUGACGCGAUGGUUUCACAUGGUUUGAGACCUAAUGAAGUGACGUACGGAGCUCUUUUAAAUGGGAUAUCCAAGCAUGCUGAAUUUGGAUUGGUUUCUAGUAUUCUUAAGAGAAUGAGGAUGAAUGGUGUUAUGGUUAAUCAUAUUAGUUAUACAACAAUGAUCGAUGGAUUGUGUAAGAACGGCCUGCUUGAAGACGCUGUACAUUUGCUGGAGGAUAUGCUAAAAGUUUCUGUCAAUCCCGACGUUGUUACAUUUUCGGUACUCAUCAAUGGAUUUCUUAGGGUGGGGAAGAUAAAUAACGCAAAGGAGAUAAUGUGUAAAAUGUACAAAGCGGGACUUGCGCCAAACAGCACUUUGUAUUCAACAUUGAUCUACAACUACUGCAAGAUGGGAAACCUAAACGAGGCGUUAAAUGCUUAUGCAGUUAUGAACCACAAUGGUCAUGUUUCAGAUCACUUCACAUGUAAUGUGUUGGUUUCCACUUUUUGUAGAUCCAAAAGACUUGAAGAAGCCGAGUAUUUUAUGGACCACAUGAGCAGGAUGGGUCUCGAUCCUGACUCUGUUACUUUUGAUUGCAUUAUAGAUAGUUAUGGAAAUUCUGGUGACGCAUUAAAAGCGUUCGCUAUGUAUGAUAAAAUGAAUAGUCUAGGCCAUUUACCAAGUCAGUUCACGUUCGAGGGUCUAUUGAAAGGACUUCUUCUUGGCGGACAUAUUAAUGAAGCCAAAAUAUAUCUGCAUAGACUUAGUAACAUUCCUUAUGCCAUUGGUAGUCUUUUCUACAACACAAUGCUUACUUUGACAUCAAGAUCUGGAAAUUUAUCGAAUGCAGUUACCCUUCUCGAUGAGAUGGUUAUGAAUAAUUUUGUGCCUGACGACUUUACGUACACCAGUCUUAUUGCAGGACUAUGCAGGAAGGGCAAAAUGGUCCCUGCACUUCUUUUUUCAGGAAGGGCAAUUGAAAAAGGUUUAUUAUCUCCAAAUCCUGCUGUUUACACUAGUUUAGUUGAUGGUCUUCUUAAGGAAGGACAUUCAAAAGUUGCUUUAUAUAUUUUUGAAGAUAUGUUGAACAAAGGUGUUAUCCCUGAUACUAUUGCAUUCAAUGUUCUCUUGGAUCGAUACUCACGGAAGGGAGAAAUGUCAAAGGUAAAUGAUAUCCUUUCAACAAUGAGGAGUAGAAGUUUAAGCUUCAACUUGGCUACUUACAACAUUCUCUUGCAUGGAUAUUCAAAGAGGCAUGACAUGGCAAGAUGUUCUCAGUUAUACAAUAAGAUGAUCGGACAUGGUUGUGCGCCUGAUAGGUUAACAUGGCACUCUCUUAUUCUUGGAUAUUCAAAGUCUGGAUCAUUAGAUGUCGCUGUAAAACUUCUAAGAAAGAUAACAGUUGAAGGUUUCAAAGCUGAUUGUUUUACGUUAAACGUGCUUGUUAGUAAGUUUUGUGAACGGAAUGAGAUAAAAACGGCACUCAAUCUGGUAAAACAAAUGAGUAUGUUAGGAGUUACUCCUAAUGUUGAUACAUACAAUGCCCUUUUUAGUGGAUUUAUUAGAACUUGUGCUUUUGAUGAAGCUCAUUGUAUUUUGCAUGCCUUGUUGGAAAAUAGUUAUGCUCCUACAUGUAAACAAUUUACCUCGUUAAUUAAGAGCAUGUGUAGAAUGGGAAAUAUAAAAGGAGCAAUGGAGCUGCAAGAUGAGAUGAAAACCCUCGGGGUUGGCUCCCGAGGUGUUGCUAUGAGCGCUAUAAUCAGAGGGCUUACACGUUCAAGGAAAACUGACAGUGCUGUUAACGUUCUUGAUAUCAUGCUUGAGAUGCGAAUCAUUCCAACUGUUGCUACUUUCACGACAUUAAUGCACACCUAUUUCAAAGAAGCGAAUGUUGCCAAGGCAUUGGAAUUGAGGAGUGUAAUGGAACAGUGUCAUGUGAAGCUUGAUGUUGCUGCAUACAACGUUCUUAUAUCUGGCCUUUGUGCCAAUGGUGAUGUUCAAGCUGCUUUUAAACUUUAUGAAGAGAUGAAACUAAGAGAUCUUUGGCCUAAUACCUCUAUAUACAUAGUUCUUAUUGAUUCAUUUUGUGCCGGAAAUUAUCACGUUGAAAGCGAAGAGCUAUUGAGGGAUUUACAGACCAGGGAAUUGAUGUCUUUAGAUUUAUGUGGAGGCACUGAAAGACUGAAAGAACUAUUGAUGAUUGCAAGGAAAAAAUUAAUUCGUACGAGGUGCAAAACAAGAAGAAAAUAUGGAAGACCACUCGUCGUAUCUCCAGAGGGAAACUAAAUGCGACAAAUACUACAAGUUGAAAAAGGAGGUGCGAAACAGAUGGUGUGACAUACACUAAUCCUGCCAAGGUUUUGAAAAUUUCAAAUAUGGGUGCAAAUCUGGGAGUUAGCAAACAAGUUACUGUGGCACGGAGUGGUGAAUCCUAGUCAUCAGAUUUAUGUCCUAGAUCUGAUGGAUGAGCAUGGAUUCUGAAAAUAACUCAUCUCAGUUGUCAAAUGGUAAGGGUCUUUCUGCAAGAACAAAUAGGGUGAAUUGCGUAACCUUCUUGUAGCAGCCGAAAGUGCGGAUAUUUUGAAAGUCCCUCAGUUGAAGGCACAAAAUUACGUUUUAAAGGGAGCAAAAUGCACGACCAGGUCUUGUUGUUCAACUUUGAGUAUAUCAGGAGGUUCUGUCAAAAAGUCAUUGAUGCAUUUGUCUUUAAAAUUUGUGCUUAAUCUUCUUGGCAUGCAUUGAACAACUUUUGUUCAUUUUAUGAUGUGCUUCCUCAGUCUAUGCAGUGGUCAUGUAUGUUUAUUUAAUCUUCCUUAUAUGACAUCUUUACCUUUCAUUGUUCAAAUGUUAAAAUUUUCUCUUUUUGGUAACUUAUUAGUUGAUAUUAUAGAUUAUAAUUUAUUCUCCCCCUUUGUUGAUACCUACUACUCCUUUACCUUUACAGGUUGUCGUUUUCCUGAUUUUGACUAAGGUUUUGUUAAGUGCAUGCAUUCAACUCUAUAAACAUGUAAAUUCGGCUUCAGUUUUAUCAAUUAUGUGUUAAAGAAUGUUUUGGAAAUGUAAUGUUAUUGUUGCUUUCCUCCUUGCAGGAUCAUACUCCCAAAAUACACGUUGCACAUUGACUGUUGACAUCAAAUUGGAUGUGUUGCGACAGUGCUUUUAAACCUUUACCUUGAGAUUUUGAGAAAGUGCACUUCACUUGUUUACCGGACAUAGGAGAGAUUCAAGUUCAGGGAUUAAUGGUGAGGCGUAAAUCAUGUUUCUACUACCUGCCUGAUUCCUUUCCUGUAAAGAAUGUUUUCCCAAAGAUGAGAGAAACAUGGUUUCUCCAUGUGGAAGUAAGGCCUUUAAAAUGUUUGCGAGUUCCAUGUUUACCCUGUGAUGUGGCUAUUACUUUAAAACAACGGAACUUAAUGACUUAUAACUGUGAAAAUAAAACAAGAUGCAACUGUGAAGAAAAGAGAGAGGAAGAACUUAAUCCCUGCGCAUAUCCAUCAGAAGAGAAUGAAGUUAUUGAUCACGUUUUGAAGGAAAGGGGAAAUUCUCAUGAAAAUUCCGAGCAUGAAAUGCCAGAAAGAGACUCCUGCAGAUUUGGAGACAAACCUACCAGCACGGCCAGUAAGAGUCGAUGUGCGAUGCCAGAGACUAAUGUUGAAUUUCAGGUUGAGUUGUGUGCUAGCUCAGUGCAAGAAACUCCGAGUAAUAUGUCGACACAAGUAAUAUCAGUCUCUGGUAUAAUCAAUAAAUAUUUUUCAGGUUUCAAUGCCAUUGACAAAUUUAGCAGCUCUUCAAACUCAGAUGUUACAUCAAGAGCUGUUCAUAGUGAGAUUGAAGUUCAAUCUAACACCAGAGCACAAAGUUUCUCAAAGAAACAAGUUGAUUCAUUAUCGCAGUUCUCUCCCAAAAUACCUCCACAUGUUCCAUUGCAUGUGGAAUUGGUUUCCAAAACUUCAGGUAGCAAAACUAGGAAAUCCAAAGUUGAGAAAUGUAGUAAAAAAAGAAGAUCCAAAGUUGAGAAAUGUAGCAAAAACAGAAGAUCCAAAGUGGGGAAAUUUCUUCUAUCAGCUUCGAAGAGUCUCGGGGCUUCUAAUAAUAACUCGAGUCCUGCACUCUCUUUAUGUAAAUUCAAAAAUAUAAAACUACUAGAGGAAAUAUCUCAAAUUAAUCGUUCAAUAUUUUCCAUAUGUGAUAGUGAUGAUUGACGUUAUUAUCGUGUAGACUGUCAAAAAGGCGUAUAUAUGAUGUAACCAGUUAUAUUGAUCUGUUUAUUUUGGCAACUACAUUGAACUCA